AUGUUUGUUCCAGCUUAUUUCAGAGGAACUUUCUGCCCGUUCACACGAUCUACAGGGCGAAGUGAGAGCUUCAACUCAAAUUUUAAAGAUUAUGUGCUGCGGAAAGAUACAAUUGAGAAUUUCUUGAAGCAAUAUGAGAUUUUUCAAGAAAAUGUUGUAGAAAUUGAGAAUGAGGACCGUUUCCAUUCUACUCAACAGGAUCCUACUUUUUGGUGCCAUCAGCUCAUUGAGCGGCAUGCAGCCGAAAUAUACACUAGAGGGAUUUACUCAAAGUUUUUGACUGAACUUCUUAAUUCAACCGCUUUCGGUGUUCAUGAAAUUGUGAAGGACAGGUUGUACGAGUUGAAGAAGCUGUUUAAUUACAAGAAACCUGAGUAUAGGAGAGACGUGUUCACUGUUUGCGUUGAUAGAAAAAAUGAAACCUAUGAAUGUGAGUGUGCAAAGUUUGAGAAAGAUGGAAUUCUUUGUUGUCACAUUCUCAGAUUGUUCACACAGUUUGAUGUUGUGAAGAUUCCAGCUCAGUACAUAUUGCCAAGAUGGACAAUAAAAUUUAGGGAGGAUGAACUACUUUUACAGAAAAAGCAAAGUAUUGAUGUGCCUGGAGCUGAAGCAUCUGCUAGUAGUUUGAGAUAUGCGAUGCUUCUCAAUAGCGUCAAUGAUGUUUGCGCUGAUAUAAGCAGGGAUCCAAAUAAGAGCAAACAAUUUAUUGAAGAGGUGCAUAAACUUCACAAAAGGUUGAUGGAUGAAAAUAAUGAAGAACAGCAAACUGAUGGCAACUCUGUCAUUCUCAAAGACCCUCCAGUAAUAAGAAAAGGUUCAGCACAACGAAACCUGCCAUGA